GUGUGAUAAUAGAUGACCGAUGAUCACCAUAAAGGUAUGUACACACUGUGUACACCUACUCCGCUUUGCUUUGAUGCGCCACGCGUCUUCUUGCGCCGUCGUCUCUGUUUUGCCUCGUCUAUUCGUCCCGUACCCGUAAGCCCUCAGUACAGUCCGGUCUUGUCUGUACUCUUGUUUCAGUACUUGUACCUCGCAUCAUUCCCCUCAGUGCUAGUGUAGGCUUUCAUGAUGCUUCUGACUGGUUGUAGACUGCCACUUGUCUACUUCCUAACUCUAUGUGCAUUAUUGUCGUUAGCUUCCUGGUGCAACGCAGAACAUGAUCACGAAAUGGUUCGCCUUCUGGUUCCCGUAGAGUCUCGUCAAGCAGACAACCAGAGCCCUCUCCGCAUCAGCGACACAUGGCAAUUGCUUGGGCCAUUCCAGAUUGGGACACGAGAGGGUUCAUGGGGUGCAGACCCGCUCGAGUACCAUGGCGGAUUCAGGAACUUGCAAUACGACCCUGAUACCACUUUUCGAACUUCGCUUGCGACCAAUGGCGUUGCAAAAUGGUCCAAAGUCCAAGCUGCUCAGACCGACGUUACGUCCAACUCCACCAAGGCAUCUUUGAGUGUUGGCUAUGACAACGUCAAUUGGGACUUCCUCAAAGUCGUCUACGGAUGGGCUGCAGUGCAAUAUCAAGCGUGGGCUCGAGGAGAGCUCGUGGUAAGUGGAAACAAAACACAGCAAGUCGUUUUACAUACAGAUGCUAUCAUCGAAUACUGGAUCGAUGAUGUACACUACUUCGGGGGAGAUGCCUAUACAUUCCGAAAGGCACCGCCCGUACUUAGCCUUACGCCAGGCGCCCACAAGGUCGAUAUACGGCUCUGGCGAGAUGUCAGAGCUUUCGGUGGGAUAAAUGAUCCUACCAUCGAUGUUCUCAUCGAAGCUCGAUUGACCAGUGGUACCCUAGAGCUGGCCACACCUGGCAUACUGAUAUCAGAUGUGGUAGACGGCCAACUGGCUUCGCCCCACGCCUCCGUAAUAGUUCGCAAUGGGGGAAGUGAUGAUGUCGAGAUCACGAGCAUACGAUCUAUAGAGUCUGAUUCGCCUGCUGCGAUCAACAGCUCUGGCAUUACUGUUAUCGCUGGGCAAACGAGGCCAAUUUCUUUCAGUGUCACGCUGCCAGGCAAAAAUGCCUCUUCGAUUCACUACAUCAUCUCGUACAGAGUCAUUGGCCACGGGACUCAGUCGCAUGUCCUUGGCGUAUCUCAACAACUUACCAAAGGCUCCAUUUACAAUGCUCACAAAUUUACGUUCCUCCAUCCGGGUGGGGUUGUGUCAUACGCCAUGCUUCGACCGCCUGCAAAGAACGUGACUUGUGAGGGCGUCAGUGCUUUCCCUGUAUUGGUAGCCAACCACGGAGCUGGUGUGGAAGUUUCGGACCCUAUGGCGGCUCAUGUUUUCGAUGCACUACCCGAUCUGUGUGCGUGGGUGCUUCUGCCAUCUGGCGUUACACCGUGGAGCGGUGAUGAUUGGCACAAUUGGGGGUUUACCGACUUGGAGGCAGCGGUAGCAAGCAUACCACAUUGGAUUGAAGAUGUCAGCUGGGGUGGCCCGGGAGUCGAUGUCGACCGCUGGAUCAUGACCGGCCACUCGAAUGGCGGGCAAGGAACGUGGUAUGGGAUGACCCACAGACCCGACCGACUUAUUGCUGCUGCUCCGUUGUCUGGCUAUUCUUCUAUACAGAAGUACGUUCCUUAUGAACUGUGGCAACCUGCGGAUCCUAGACGGACCGCCAUUCUUAGUGCUUCUCUCAACAGUUAUCGGCAUGAAAUAUUGCUUGAGAACCUCAAGGGCAUACCUGUUCUGCAGCAGCAUGGAGAAAUAGACGAUAACGUUCCAACGUAUCACUCCAGGUUUCUCGGCCAGCAGUUGUUCCAAGCCGGCGCCAACUCUACAUACAAUGAGGUUCCUGGACAGAAUCAUUGGUGGGAUGGCAUCAUGACAACUGAUCCGUUGAAGAAGUUCUUCCGAUCUCAAGCGACCAGCGAUGUCACCAUACCUAGAAAGUUGGAUGAGUUCAGUUUCAUCAUCGGAGAUCCUGGAGAUAUGGGACCCAAAGGAGGCAUCCGCGUCUUGCAGCUAGAGGAUCCUGGGCAGUAUGGGAAGGUGCAUGUUAAAGGUCAUGUGUUGACAACUACCAAUGUCCUCAGCCUGGAGAUCGAUAUCAAGACGCUAGGGUCUGCCUCACUUUCAAUCGACGCGGAUGAACUCAGCGCUGAUGAGGCAUUGACUAUCAUCACGAAAGGAGAUUCCGGAAGGUGGAGCGUGGGUGAAAUACCCAAUAUCAACGAAGCUAUCAAACAUCGCAGAGGGCGGCAGCUUGGUACCAUGACCGCCAUCCUCCGCACGAAAGGACCCUUCAUCAUCCGCCAUCAUGGAAGUCAUACCAUUCACACUGCCUUACAAGUGUCACGAAACUUCCACCAGUAUUUCUAUGCCGAUUCUGUGAUUGCAUCAUCCAACUCUACAGACGACAAUGGAAGGGGCAACACCGUCACUGUUGUUGAGGGCCACGAUGUACCGCCAGGACUCCAUGAGAACUUCCCGAUCUCAAUAUCGGCAUCCACCGUGUCGGUAACUGAUAGCAAAGGAAGGAUUCGCAAGUAUGGUGGGGCAUCUGACGUCGGUGCUAUAUAUCUACGACCGCUUGAGGAUGAGCGGCUCGAACUCGUAGUUUGGGGAUCCAGUGCUGAAGCACUUUCGCGAGCUGCUCGUCUCGUGCCGAUGAUGACUGGAGUAGGCCAGCCUGACUUUGUGAUUCUCGGUGAUAGUGCUGCUUGGAGAGGCGUGGAGGGCGCUCUUGCUUUGGGAUUCUUCGAUCACUGGUGGGCCGUGACAACUUCAUCAGUGGUCUCUUAGCAGACAAGCCGAUUGACCAAACUAUCCUACUUGGCCGGGAAUUGAUGAUUCGUAUGUUUUAAAUGCUUG